GUGGGGAGUAAUAUUCCCGUGGCUCGGGCCAGGAACUGGGAAGUAUAUCGUUGGCAGUGCCAGGAGAUAGUUUAUAGAGUUGGCACGAAGGGAGGGGAAGGGAUGUCUCAAAAGACCUUUCCCCCUCCUGGAGGAUGGGGGGAAAGAACAGAGAAAAACGUGGCAAGGGAAAGACAAGCAGAACCAAGAAGCAGAAGGAGUGAAGAGAAAGAAGCCGAAGAAGAGAAAGAUAACCAGCGAGAGGCACCAGCCGGGAGGGAAAUGGGCCCGAUUGGGAUGUUCUCCGUUGGCGAAGUACCAAAAUUGUGACCCGAAUACGGCCAGCGUCGUUGCUUUUUUG